UGUGGAAAAGCAGCUCUAAUUAUCGCGGCACAUUGCUUUGUUUACUUUAUAAUCGAGUUAGGGCAAAUUCCGGUGAAAUAAACUAGGGAGAGCGCGAGCGAGCGAGAGGGAGGGAGAGAGCGGCGAGAGCGAGAGAGAGAUCAUAUAUGGCGGAUUUCGAGGGGCGAUAUGAAGGAAAUGGCGCUGGCUACCAGGACUACGGUGUCUCCUCCCCGCCACUGCGAAGCAGUGGCUUUGACGACCGCGUAAACCAUCAGCAUGAUUCACAAGAUCAUGAAAGAGGUUCUUCUAAGAGUAGAGACAGGGAAAGGGAGAAGGAGAGGGAGCGACAUAGGGACAGGGAUCGAGAUCGGGGCAGGGAUCGGGAUAGGGAUAGGGAACAAGAGCGUGAUCGUCACCUCAGGGAUAGAGAUAGGGAUAGAAGUGAAAGGAGGGAGCAUGGCCAUGAAAGAUCGGAUGAUCGUGAUCGCCAUCGUGUUCGAGACAGGGACUAUGACAGGCAUAGGGACUAUGAUAGAGACAGAGAGGGUCGCCGUCGACAAAGAUCUCGGUCUCGGUCAAAGGGUCGAGUUGAUCAUAGAUCAGGAUCUCGUUCUCGCUCAAGAUCAAAAAGUAAGCGUCUUAGCGGCUUUGACAUGGCGCCUUCUGGUCCUGUCAUGUUACCUGGUGCAGCUAUGCCAGGCCAGAUACCUGGGGCACCAGCAGCUGUUCCUGGGAUGUUCCAGAACAUGUUUCCAUUAACACCCGGGCAGUUUCCUCUUCCAGUAAUGCCAGUUCAAGCUAUGACACAGCAGGCAACUCGACAUGCUCGGCGAGUGUAUGUUGGAGGCCUUUCCCCGGCUGCCAAUGAGCAGUCGGUUGCAACAUUUUUUAGCCAAGUUAUGGCAGCCAUUGGGGGGAACACUGCUGGUCCAGGUGAUGCUGUUGUUAACGUAUAUAUAAACCAUGAGAAGAAGUUUGCUUUUGUGGAAAUGAGGUCUGUAGAAGAAGCAAGCAAUGCAAUGGCCUUAGAUGGCAUUAUUUUUGAGGGGGCACCGGUGAAGGUUAGAAGGCCAAGUGACUACAACCCUUCUCUUGCUGCAGCUCUUGGUCCAAGCCAGCCCAACCCCAACCUUAAUCUUGCUGCUGUUGGUCUUAUGCCUGGUUCUGCUGGAGGCCUUGAAGGGCCUGAUCGUAUUUUUGUUGGCGGCCUUCCUUACUAUUUUACUGAAGCGCAGGUGCGGGAGUUGCUGGAGUCGUUUGGUCCUCUACGUGGUUUUGAUCUUGUCAAGGACAGGGAAACUGGAAACUCAAAAGGCUACGCUUUCUGUGUUUACCAAGAUCUCUCUGUUACUGACAUUGCAUGUGCAGCACUUAAUGGCAUCAAGAUGGGAGAUAAAACCCUUACAGUUAGGCGUGCAAACCAAGGUGCAGUACAGCCUAGACCAGAGCAGGAAAGUGUAUUGCUGCAGGCACAACAGCAGGUAGCUUUGCAGAAGUUGGUCUUCCAAGCGGGAUCCGUUCCAACUAAGGUGAUAUGUUUAACACAGGUAGUUACUGAGGAUGAGUUGAAGGAUGAUGAAGAAUAUGAAGAUAUAGUGGAAGACAUGAGGGGAGAAGGCGGAAAAUAUGGUGCUUUGGUGAAUGUUGUCAUCCCUCGUCCGAGUCCUAAUGGUGAGACAAAUCCUGGAGUUGGAAAGGUGUUUUUGGAAUAUGUGGAUCCAGAUGGAGCCAUGAAAGCAAGACAGGGACUUCAUGGAAGGAAAUUUGGUGGAAAUCAAGUAGUUGCCAUCUUUUAUCCAGAAAACAAAUUUGCGCUAAGAGAAUAUGAUGGCUAGUGACAUUGGCAAGUUUUUUUUGCACUAAGUGAUGGUUUUUCCUUAAUACUCUUUGAAAGUUAUGAUGAUUAGAGCUUCUAAGCUUGAUAAAUAUGUAAAAUUUGAGUUGUUCAGCAAAGCCAAUGGGAAUUUUAUCUAAUUGGAGUGAGAAUUUACUGUAAGAUUUCAACUUGCUUGUUUUGAAUAGAAUUUGCAUAAUUGUAUCAGUACCUUUUUGUAUAA